AUGACAGACGCUGCUACAGGCGUUUCUGAAAACCUUAUGGAUGCAGACGUUAGCAAUGGAGCUUCCGACUCUCCCACCUCUGGUUCUUCCUUGUUGUCUAGAAAAGGACUUUUCGGGAAGUCUGGAGUUUUGAACCAGACUUUGGAAACAGGCAUUACAGUGGAGAAAGAAGUUCUUAAGCCUGAUAGCGACAAGACCAAUGGAGAUGGAAAUGAUGGAGAAGAGGCGAACACUUCGGGUUCGGGUUCUGGUUCUGCUCUAACGAUAGCUUCUGCUGAGGUUACAAAAGAAGAAGGUGAUGAAGACUCUUCCCCCGGUGAAAUUGCUGAUGAAAAAGAAGAGAAAUCUGACCCGCAGCCAAGCACAGAGGAGCCAAGUGCUGAACCUGGAAAUAGCCAGUCACAAGAAGUAGUUCAAGAAGAGGAAAAGGAAGACGCGAACGCUCAAAACGCUGUACAAGAUCACACAGCAGAACAUAAUGAAGAAGAAAGCGGAGAUAAAAAAGAUAUUGGUAAACACUAUCUGGAAGGUGAGGAGAUCACGAAGGAGAAAACCGAAAAUCAAGAUGAACAUGAAGAUGCUGAAGAGGAACAUAAAGAAGCCGAAACUGACAACAGUGAUCAGACUGGGGUUGAUCAGGCCAAAGAUGAUGUAAACGAUGAUGGUGAAGAAGCUGACGUCUCAGGAAUAGAUGAGGUGGAAGAAAAAGUCACAGAACCUGAACCAAUAGUAGAAGACCCGGAGCCCACCAUCGACACGCUACCGGCAUCAGUUGAAGAGGAAGUAUGCGUUAAGAAAAUCAUCUCGAUGGAUACAGAUGAUGUUGAUCAGGACCAGAACGGGGAGACCAUCGCUUCUAAUGCAGAUGACAAUGAAAAUUCCCCUGAUCAAAUGGAAAUAACCGAGGUCACAGCUGAAGAAGAUGGCAAAGAAGAAGAGAAAGAAGAUGACAAAGAGCAACCUGCCGAUGAGGUGCCUAUUGUUGAAGAACCUGAUGCUGCGGAAAGUGAAUGUAUGGAAGAAGGAGACAACAACGAGUCAACGCGAGAAUCUGAAAAUGAGGCGACUGAAGAGAAUGUCGUUAUUGAAGAGAUGGAGAGUGAUGCUGUUGAGAAGACAGAUGAGGCAGCAGCUCCUGAAAAAGAAGGUGAGGACGGCGAUAAAAAGGAUGCAGAGAAUGAUGAGGAAAAGGAAGAUGACGAGGCUCCAAAGAGGCGCAGUUCCUCUCGUCGUUCUAUCCCUGUUGUUCCAGUUGAAAAGAAACCAACGACACGAGCAAAAACCACUCCUGCCAAGAAAACACCUUCAAAGCGGCGUGCAGAUGAGGAGAAAGCAGACGAUGAAGAGAAACCUGAAGUCGCUGAGGAGACUGGGGACAGCAAAGAGGACAUUGAAGAGAAAGAAGAAACAACGACUGAGCCGAGAUCUCUUCGAUCACGUGGACGUCGAUCAAAUGUAGUGGAGACACCAAAGACUGAGGAGCGGACACCUUCGAGAAAACGUGGCAAAACAGUAAAAAGUGCUAAGAAAGACGUUGCUGCUGAAGCUGAAGACGAAAACGAACAGGAUUCUGAUAAAGGGAAAGAACGUGAAAAGACGGAAGACAUGGAUGCUGAGCCGACUCGCUGUUCGUUGCGAUCACGAGUGACCAAGACCCCAGCGAAGCAGGAAUCCCCUGCUCCGAAGUCUACUAAUCGUCGCGGUCGCUCCGCCAAAAAGGAAGACAACACCAUCGUAAAGAAAGAAGCAGAAGGGGAAGGUAACACUGAGCCGGAAACUCCUCGUAGAACGAGAAAAGCACCAACCACUCCCUCGGCUACAAAAACUAAUUCUGCAAAAAUCUCGUCUGCAAAAAAAGGGAAAGAUGAAGAUCAUGACCCUUAUGAUAUCGAAACGGAAAUGGAAAGACAUCCUGAGCCUCUGAAAAACAUCCAGAUGGAAGUGCAAUCAUUUGGCGAAGUGAAGUACGCGAAAACGAGCUCCGGUAAAUAUGAACGAACAGAAAAGACGGCAGAAUCCCGUGUUGCUAACUUGGCUGAAUUGGCACCUCGUACGAAACAAAGGAAAUCCCUAGCGGAUCUCACUCCUGGACGAAAGAAGGCUAGCCCAACCGCCACUACGGGCGUACGUACCGCUCCACAACCUUCUCGCGGAGGACGUAAAGUAAAACCUGAAUCCGAAGAGGCCGAUAAGGAGGAAGAGCCUAUGGAGGUAGAGGACACUAGUGAUGUUCAAGCUAGCGACAAAAAGGCGAAAAAGAGUGCUGAAACGCCGAAGACGAGCGGCUCUGCACGCAAACGACGUGCCUCAGUUCAAACCCCAGUAGUAGCCAAACGACUACACGUUGAAGUACCUCAGUUAAAUGGAGAAGACUUGUUAGCUGUUGACCAUCCACAAGAUGAACAUGCUGCUUAUGAAGCUGGAGCUCGUGUUUAUGCAAUGUUUGAUGGCCUUUUUUAUCCAGCUGUAGUCGUCAGCCGCGAUGGAUUAGGGCGUUACAAAGUGAGUUUUGUCGAGGACGGUGUGGUGAAGGACGUACCACCAGCAGGUGUGAUUCCUUUGCGAGCAUUAGACCACGACAAGGAGUGCUUUUAUUCGGAUGGUUCGCAAAAGGAUCGUGUAGCCGUGAAAGUCUUGAAGGCACCGGAUUCAAAACAUGCUUCAUCAUGGCAGGAGGCUGUGUUUGAACUCGAACAGCUCGAUGAUGACGGUGACUCCACGGGAAAGAAACUGAAAAGUGUCUGGACAAACCUCGCUUUAUCCAAAGAAGACUGGCGUGACUAUAUAAAUAAAAAAUCUCGAGAAGCUACGGACGUCAUAGCAGAUAACAUUGAGAGCACUGAAGACAGGCACUUGCGUCGAUCGAAAGUGGCCACACCAAGUCAGUCGUCUACUCCGAAUGCCUCUAAGCCUGCGCCGAAAUCUGCGAAGAAAGCGACAAAUGCAGUCCCUACACCCAAAGCUAAAACUCCUGCGAAAGGAGGUCGUCGAAAGAAAGGAACUGCUUCAAAUUCUUCUAGAGCCAAUGAAGUUGAUGAAGAUGGUAGUGAGAGCGCACCAGAGUCUAGCGAGGAGCAAAUCUUUGCCGGAAAAUUGUUCAUUCUAACGUCGGCGAAUCGUCCUCCCGGUGACGCAACAGCAAACUCAAACACGACCGCAUUUAAGAAGAAGUUUAUGACGGACUUUAUUUCGACUCACGGAGGGCUUGUUGUAGACGAUAUGAAGGAAGUCGAUGAGCAUCCAGAAAUGGAACGGUUUCUUAUCUCUGACACACAUUAUCGUACGCACAAGUACUUAGCGGCGCUAGUACGGGCUAUGCCAUGUGUGUCACAUGAAUGGAUUUACAAAUGCCUCGGAGAGAAGAAACUUGUUGACUACAAACCUUUCUUGCUCCCAUCCGGUGUUUCAAUACUCGAUGAACGUGAAUAUCCAUUACCGAAAGAACGUGGUGUGUUGCUGCGAAAUAAACGAGUGAUGGUGCACUCGAAUGUAACGCCUCCGAGUAAAAAGUCGAUGUCGUUUGAACAAAUCUGGGUUCCAAUGGUCCCACAACUUGGGGGUGAAAUCGUUUCAGAGAUGCCUGAUGAAGAAGGAAAAUUGGAUAUUUUGCUCACCGAUCAUUCUGCGUCUGUCAGUUUAGUUGAGAAGGCGCGUAAAAUCGGAUCGGCAGUGGUUUCGUCAGAGUGGCUGAUUCAGGGAAUAAUAAUGGAUCGUCUUCCCGACGUUAAUGCCCACCAGAAGUUCCUUCACAACGGUGGUGUUUAUACCUGA